UCACACUCCUUUCAAAAUCCAAAUUUCUCCUUUGAAACCUCCCUUUAUUAAUAAAAGAAAGUUUUUAAAUUUUUGUUUCACUCUAACGCCGGGCAAUUGUAGAAAAAUUGAAGAAAAAUUUAAAAAAAUAGGAAUCAAUAAAAAAUAAGGAAAUUUUAAUUUGCAUAAAGCCGCGAUAUAACGUCAUGAGGAGUGCAGUGGUGAAAAGAUUUUGGACCCCAUGGAUAUUCUUCGCGUUAACGAUAAAAUCGUCGUGCAGUGUCGAUAAAUAUUGGCUUCCGAAUCUGGAGUGGGAAACACCUGAAAAUUGGGUUGGAAAACGGAUUCCGGAAUUAGACAGUUUCGUGACGUUUCCAUUGGACAUGAGACACGCUGUCGGAAUAGGUAGCGCGAGUGACCUGAGGCUCUCUGGGGUCGACCUGCCCAGGUCUGGUGCCUUGGUAUUACCUCGAAAUGGAAAAUUGCAGUUAAGUGAACCUAAGACACCACGUAAGACGAGCGAAUGGUUAAGGGCGGGUAACUUGUUCUGGGCUGAUCCUCAAAAUUGGAACGGUAGCUCGGAAGCAGCGCCUCAUCUCGAACAGGUACCCUGUCUUAAAGAUAACAUCGUGCUGCCAGCGAAGAAUCGCACGUUUAGCACUCUUUUGCCGCUGAAGAAUAUCGAAGUGUGGUCGAUUAGAUUAAAUGGCGAGAAGCAACCGCUCAACGAGGGGCAAUGGAUGCGCUUGAGAAAUAGCAGGGAAUUCGCGAAAGGAAUAUUCACUGUGAUGUACGCCGAGUACCAUUGCGAAAAGUGUGCCUGUCAGAUCGACCCAGACGGAUAUUAUCUCGAGGAAGUGUGCGCCAUUGAGAGACCAAGGUGUGGGUACACCCCCUGUGAAUAUCCCCUUACGGUAGAAGGCCAUUGCUGUCAGUACUGCGGUGCUCGGGUGUCUUUGACGGAUAAAGCUCCUAUGUUAAUGGUGGACGUCGCGACGGACGUAGCUUUGACGGAAUACGCAGGCAAGUUGGCUUGGCACGUGAGACGUACUUGGAACGGGGCAGUGGAGGUUCUGUUGAAGACAAAGGGAGGGUACUCGGAAAUCGACGUACUGAAAGCGGCGCAAGAUGUGAAGCAUUCCUUGCUCAAUAUGAAUAUAGAGGUUUUGAAUAUGGAAGUGACUGGAGCUGCCUUGAAAGAUAAUCGGCUGACUGUUGCAUUGGUACCCUUCUUUACGACGCCAUUCAUCAUUCUUCUUGUCGUAUUCCUUGGCUGCAUAUACUUUGGCUACACAUAUAGGCAUAUACUCGUAAGCUGCACGGAGUUCUUCUCGUCCAUCAGGGACGGAGUACGAGCGGACAAAGCAGAGGGUGGCAAACCUUUCAGUUUCGCACGUUUCGAAAAUAUAUCGGAGGGUAAUGUCCAAAUCUCCAACGUCGACGUCACGAGCGAGCCGAAGGAGGUGCAGGAGGAGGAGGGCCAGGACCCUACUUCCGGCGGCAGAUUCGAGAACCCUUUGUAUAGAUCGAAGAGAAGAGGGCGUAAGGAAGACGAGGAGGUUUUAGGCAUGGAAGCUCUCAUGCAAUUGACGACCCUUAAGGACAAAAUGGAGGAGCAACUGGAAGAAGUUGAAAUAAACAUGGACGAAUAA